CAAUCCUGACCUGUUGUUCCUGCCCACAGUGACUCGGCUGGCCCGGGCAUGGCAGACCCAGUGGCGGGCAUCGCGGGCUCGGCAGCCAAGAGUGUGCGGCCAUUCCGCUCAAGUGAGGCCUACGUGGAGGCCAUGAAGGAGGACCUGGCCGAGUGGCUCAAUGCCUUGUAUGGUCUGGGUCUGCCCAGUGGUGGCGAUGGCUUCCUGACAGGGCUGGCCACAGGCACCACCCUGUGCCAGCAUGCCAAUGCUGUCACUGAGGCCGCCCGCACUUUGGCUGCUGCCCGUCCAGCCCGAGGUGUGGCCUUCCAGGCACACAGUGUGGUGCCAGGCUCUUUCAUGGCUCGCGACAACGUGGCCACCUUCAUUGGCUGGUGCCGUACAGAGCUGGGUGUGCCCGAAGUGCUCAUGUUUGAGACUGAGGACUUGGUGCUGCGCAAGAAUGAGAAGAGCGUGGUGCUGUGCCUGCUGGAGGUGGCACGACGUGGGGCCCGCCUGGGCCUGCUCGCCCCCCGCCUGGUGCAGUUCGAACAGGAAAUUGAGCGUGAGCUGCGUGCCGCCCCCACAGUCCCCAAUGCCCCCGCUGCUGGGGAGGACGCCUCUGAAACCACUGCUGUACCAGGGGCUCCUACUCGUGGGCCCCGCAUGACGCCCAGCGACCUGCGCAACCUCGAUGAGCUGGUGAGGGAGAUCCUGGGCCGCUGCACCUGCCCAGACCAGUUCCCCAUGAUCAAGGUCUCAGAGGGCAAGUACCGUGUGGGAGACUCCAGCCUGCUCAUCUUUGUGCGGGUACUGAGGAGCCACGUGAUGGUGCGCGUGGGUGGCGGCUGGGACACGCUGGAGCACUACCUGGACAAGCAUGACCCUUGCCGCUGCUCCUCUGCUGCCCACCGCCCGCCCCAGCCAAGGGCCCGCACCUUCUCCCCUCAGAGGGUGUCGCCCAUCCCCAGCCCCCGUCCUGGUAGCCCAGUCCCAGGGAGUGAGCGCAGGGGCUCCCGGCCUGAGGUGACUCCCAUUAGCUUACGCAACACAAAGGAGGGUCCUGAGACCCCACUCAGGCCCCGGGAUCAGCUGCCCCCCCAUCCCCGCUCUCGCCGCCAGUCCGGGGACAGUGACUCCUCAGCCUCCUCAGCCCAGAGUGGCCCCCUUGGUUCCCGCAGUGACGACACAGGCACAGGCCCCAGGAGGGAGCGGCCCAGCCGGCGGCUGACCACAGGCACCCCAGCCUCCCCGAGACGGCCCCCUGCCCCACGCAGCCAGUCCCGAGAACAGCUGGAUCGGGGUCGGCCCCGGGGGGCCCCAGGAGGCAGGGGAGCCCAGCUGUUCGCCCCCAGCCCUGCCCGGCGGGCCCGGAGCCAGAGCCGUGAGGAGCAGGCAGUACUGCUGGUGCGCAGGGACCGCAAUGGGCAGCACUCGUGGGUACCACGGGGCAGGGGCAGCACAGGCUCAGGCAGGAGCACCCCCCAGACACCCCGUGCCCGCAGCCCUGCGGCACCCCGGCCUCCCCUGGUCUCCAGCCCCAGCCCAGAGCUGGGCACCACGCCGGCCAGUGUCUUCCGCACACCCCUGCAGCUUGACCCGCAGCAGGAGCAGCAAUUGUUCCGGCGCCUGGAAGAGGAGUUCCUGGCCAAUGCCCGUGCCCUUGAGGCUGCUGCUAGUGAGAUCCCCACUGGACCAGCCCCUGACCCAAUCCGGGCCCCAGACCCUCCAGCUCCCGACUCAGCCUACUGUUCCUCCAGUUCCUCCUCUUCCUCCCUCAGCAUCCUGGGUGGCAAAUGUGGCCCACCUGGGGACUCUGGCCGAACAGCCAAUGGGCUGCCCGGGCCCCGCAGCCAUGCUCUGUCCAGCUCUUCCGAUGAAGGAAGCCCCUGCCCUGGUAUGGCGGGGCCACCAGAUACAUCUGGGAACCCCCUGGCUGGCCCAGAACCCUCGCAGACCUGGGCACGGGGUCGGAUGGACACACAGCCAGACCGUAAACCUUCACGCAUCCCCACGCCGCGGGGCCCCCGCCGCCCAUCUGGACCCACAGAGCCCAGGACCUGGCCUGCCCUGCACUCAGUUACCCCAAGGGCCGAGCCAGAUUCCUGGAUGUGAUGGGCCAGCCCAGCUAUCCCCAGACCCUGUUCCUUCUCUUCCUUUGUGGCCUUAACCCCCUCUGCAUCAGGGAGCCCCCUCCGCCUCUUUAGCACCAGACCUCAUGGGACCAGACCCCUCGGGACCACAUGGCACAAUGGGACCUCUGUUGUACAUUCCGGUUUGGGGAUGAGCAUUGCUAUUUAAUUACUAAUAUUAUUGAAUGCCUUAGAGGAGGCCAGGCCAGCCUGGUGUCCUGAGGACCUGUGGCCCAGCAGAGCCUCUGACAGUAAAGUUUUACUCCAA